AUGUUUGAUCUUGAAUCAGAAGAGAAAUUUGUGUCUCGGGACGUAGUGUUUGUGGAAGACGCUUUUCCAUUCAAAGAAAAGCAGGGUCGGAAUUUGAACUUGGAAGCUGAUGGAAUUAUGGAUUUGUUUCCUGACAAAGAUUUUGUUGUUGAUGGAACAGAACAUGUAGAUGUUGUAGCUAAGGUUUCUGGUGAGAUUGUGGAUAUAACAGAAGCUUCACACACUAAACCUGCAGAAAACCCUGCAGCCAAGAAUACAGAGGCUGAUCUUGAAGAAAAACCUACAGAAACAGGUGCAGAGGCUGAAACUGCAGGUAAGUCUGCAGAAAAUACCAUUUCUGGGUCUGUAACUGGUCGUGAUAAUCAGCCUAAAAUGAAUAGAAUUUCUGAUAAUCAGCAGGCUGAAAGGAAUAGAAAUUCUGAUAAUCAGCCUGAAAUGCAUAGAAGUGAAAAACUAGGCCGUGGAUUGAGACAAAAAACGACCUCUGUGAAACUGAAAGACUUUGUUUUAAACUCAAUCAAGACUGGUGCAAUGUCUGAAUUUAUUGAUGAUGUAGGAACAGAGCCGGUUUUGUUUCGUGAUGCUGUCAUUGAGCGUGUGUGGCGAGAAGCUAUGCAGAAUGAAAUUGGAGCAUUGGAGAAAAGUCAGAUGUGGGAUUUAACUGAGCUACCUCCAGGGAAGCAAGCAAUCAGGUGUAAAUGGGUUUACAAAAUCAAAUUUCUAUCAAAUGCGAAGAAGUGGGAGCUUCAUCAAAUGGAUGUGCAUAACGCUUUUCCUCACGACGACUUGGAUGAAGAAGUAUACAUGAAACCUCCUCCGGGAUAUCGAGUCAAUGGCUCCAAUCUUAAGAAUGGAUCAGAGAUCUAUGUCUUAGUUUAUGUUGACGAUCUUAUCAUCGGUGGAAAUGACUCAAAUGGUAUCAAUCGCUUUAAGGAUUAUUUGAGUGAAUGUUUUCACAUGAAGGAUCUGGGAAGCUUGAAAUUUGUUUUAGGCAUUGAAGUAGCACGAAGACCAGAGGGGAUUUUCCUUUGUCAACGGAAAUAUACAUUGGAUAUAAUCAGUGAAGCUGGUCUUCUCGGUUGUAAGCCUGUAGCAUUUCCAAUGGUUCAACAACAUGGAUUUGCCUUGUCUAAGAGUCCGUUGUUGGCCAAUCCUGAGCAGUAUGGACGAUUGGUGGGAAGAUUGAUUGUCGUGACCAGGCCAAAUUUGACAUACGCAGUACACAUUUUUUCUCAGUUUAUGCAAAAGCCUCAACAUGAUCAUUGGACAGCCCUGAUGCGUGUUGUUCGGUGUCCGCUAACGCGGCGAUCGGUGAGCGGAUGGCUUAUGACGUUGGGUAAUUCUCCAAUCUCUUGGAAGACCAAAAAGCAAGAUGUGGUGUCGCGGUCAUCUGCAGAAGCAGAAUACAGAUGUAUGGCCAUGGCUCUGUGUGAGUUGAAAGGAUUGCGUCAACUUUUGAUGGAAAUGGGUGUCAAACAAGAUCAACCAAUGAGCUUGUAUUGUGAUAAACAAGCUGCAAUUUACAUAGCUGCGAAUCCCGUUUUUCAUGAGCAAACGAAACAUGUGGAGAUUGAUUUUCAUGACGUUUGGGAUGCUGUUCAGGAUCGUUUGAUAGCCACACAGAAAGCCUUGGGUUGUCGUGAGGUUGAGAAUUUUGAGACAAGCUGGGCAUUUGUAAUCCACAUGCUCCAGCUUGGGGGGGGGUGUUAG